AUGUGGGGCUGGUUCGGCGGCGGCGGCGCGGCCCAGAAGCGCAAGGACAGCCCCAAGAAUGCCAUCCUGGGUCUGCGUUCACAGCUCGAUAUGCUUCAAAAGCGCGAGAAGUACCUACAAUCUCAAAUCGAUGAGCAGGAGAAUAUUGCGCGGAAGAAUGUCAACACAAAUAAAACGGUCGCCAAAGCGGCGCUGAGACGCAAGAAGACGCACGAGCACUCGAUCGAGCAGACCAUUGCACAGAUCGGAACUCUGGAGCAGCAGAUCAACUCGAUCGAAUCCGCCAAUAUCAACAGGGAGACACUCGCCGCGAUGCAGAAGGCUGGUGAUGCGAUGAAGCAAAUUCACGGCAAGCUCACCCCCGAGAAGGUCGACGAGACAAUGGAGGUAUUGCGCGACCAGAACGCGCUCAGCGAGGAGAUUGUGGGAGCCAUCGUCGGCAAUCAAUUCGGGGAGCCUGUGGACGAAGCCGAUCUCGAAGAGGAUUUGGAACGCUUGCAACAGGAGGCUGUGGACGAGCAAAUGCUCAAGGCUGGUACCGUACCCAGCGCCGACGCUGUGAAUCGGCUUCCCUCGCCUGCUCAACAAGAGCCUGUGUCAAACAGGAAACAAGCGGUGGUGGAUGACGAGGAGGCUGAGCUGGAGAAGCUCCGAGCUGAGAUGGCCAUGUGA